UCGUUCUUUUAUCAGCGGCUCUGUAGUGCGCUAAAAUUUACCCAGUGAUGUGACUGGUGGCUUAGACUUUAGCGUCGUGUAGCGAUUACUUACUUUUACAUGACAAUCCAAGUCGUACGGCGUAUUACUUUUAUUCUUGUGACAUCGUAGUGAUCUAGAGUAGUGAUUCUAGUCAGUUAAAAUCUCCACAAAAACAACAGGGCUGUGUUCAGUAGACCGGAACUAGAAAGUCAUUGGGAUUUUGCUGAUUGAGAAGCAUCGUAUAUCUACGUACUAUCAUGUUUUGGAGACGAAAUUUGUGCCUUUUGUCGGUUUAUCUGCAGUCUGUUGUAACAGUAUCACCGAGUGGCGGUCCUGAAUGCCGAGAUAUGGGAUUUUAUUUCAGUGUGCUCGUCCGAUUAUGACUGCUAUUGUGCUCGUCCGAUUAUGACUGCAUAUUUUCACAGUUUUUGCUUCCUUUUAAAACAACAAUGGUUACUUACACUGUGUAAGUAGCUAUAAUUGUUUUUGCUUGCUCAGUCGACCAUUUCCUGCAUCGACGGAUGGAUCGGCAGAUAUGUACCAGACUAAUUCACUAAAGAUGACGACGUGUGCAGAGAAGAUAAACAGCAGAUCACAAGCUGUGCGGUUACAGUAUGCUAAGUUGCUAAGUUGACUGAUGCUAACCAACCCACAAACUUGCCGGAAGCCCACAAAACCAUCAAGCCUAGGAAUCCCAAGGAAUUUUUCAGAUUCAGAAUCUCCAGCGCGACAUAUUUGCUGCUGCAGUGAAAGAUACCGGUGCCUCGAGAUAACAGGUUCUUCGUUGCAUGUAUUUGUAAGUGUUUUUCGCCAGUGUUGGGCAACUUUGAAAAUAAUUCGAUUAGUAUGUACAGCGCUUAUCAUGGAACAACACAUCACAGCAUAAUCGUUCCGGGUUCAAAUUCCAAAAAAUACUGCUCAUGCCGGGAUUCGACGAGUGCGAAGCCGCACGAUAAAGUUGCAUGAGUUGCUUUUUAUGAGUUUUUUUCCCCUUAAGUGAUUUAAUAACACCGGUGAGAGGCGAUCAAGAGCAGAAAGCACAACAAUUUUAUAGUUGUAUUGCUGCGCUAUUUACUGGGAAUGGUCUUCAUUUUUUAACCUUACUUGUUAGCAGUUUGUAUUGGACAUUCUUGUACAACUGAUUAUGUUAAGGCAAUACAAAUACGACUACGAGUACAUCACAAAUACAAAAUUAAUACGAAUGCUUUAGCCUUCUGUGCUGCACUCCCAUUAUUGCAUAAUAUCGCAGUGCAUGAUAGACUUCGUUGCCUAAAUUGUCUGCUCUUUCGGGAAGCUAUAUUCCACCAUUAUAUCUCAGUUAUUUCUUAUUCCAUGGGAUUUCGAAUCCUCCCUUGUCCCUUGCGAAUUCACUACACAGAUGCUGACUUUACCGGCCCUGGUCUUGCUGGUAAGUACGUAUCAACAAACAAAGCCGCGUCCAAGACGGGAAGCCGUUGCCAAUCUCUUCCGACUCAACCAUGAGCGUUCCAUGUUAAUUGGACGCUUGCAGGAUGCGAACAUCAUUGUCGCUCAGACUGCCGUGGAAAUCAUCGAUGAAGCGUGCGAUGAGAAGGCCAAUCUGGAUGACUUUGUCGGCCGGGAGAAACCACGAAUGGAGCAUCUCCAUCCCAUGACGGAUUUCUUGACCGCACGCGUUUUGGGUACGAAAGGCGGAUUUGAGAUGAUGAAAGAAAUGGUGUACAUGGAGAUACUGAAAUGGAAGGAUGGCUUCAACAGGCGCUAUGUUGAUAUCGUCGAACAUCUGCUCAGCGCUAAACUGAUGUGCGGCGAUUCCGAACGGUCCAUGUACCGGCAAACUUCGCAAUGUGUCUGCAUGCCGGAGAUUUUUCUACCAGAACAUCUUUACGGUCAGCUAGUGCAGCAUUCCGAAGGAUCGCUACUAAUUCGCGAGGAAAUGCCCCAUUUGGUGAACGUUAUCCGCGCAACGUCCAGUGAGCCAACCAUCAAUACCAAAUCGGCGCUAUGGGCUCUGGGUCACAUUGGCCGAACUGUCGAUGGAAUGGCGAUGCUAAACGAAUACGAUGUGCUGGAUAUGGUCGUUAGUACAGCGGCAGAGCAUCCGAAUUUAUCCGUCCGUGGGACUGCGUAUUUCGUUCUGGGAUUAUGGUCAACAACGAAACGUGGCGCUGAUCUCCUAAAAUCACGCGAUUGGUUGGCCAUUCGGCACAAUCGCCAUGAACUGUGGCCACUGGUCGAUCAGCGGGUGCAGUACACGUGGGACAACGCAUCCGAAUCCAUCACCGCUGCCCUGCCUAGUUUCAAUGCGUCGCCUCGGCCGCAGCGCUUGAUCUCCUUCACCACGGCGCCUGCGCCGUUGUUUGCCGAGAAAGAAGCCAAUGUCUUCUUCACGAAAGAUGGAUGCUAUUUGGAUGGACCGUUACCACACAAAACUAGUCGCGGCGAAUCCGGGUUUGAGUCGUCCGAUGGUCUGGAUUCGGUGCCAGAUGGCAUUGUGAAGGAUCACAGAAUGGAUCGCAGUGCCAGCGCCAAAACGACGGAUACGGCGCUUAGCAGCUUCGGAUCACCGGAUGACUUAACUGAUGGCUCGCCUACUCGGCAGUCGCAUUUUCAGCGCUCUCCGGAAAGCCAUGCUAGUUCGGCAGUCGAGCGUUCCCGUCGCACGCUUCUGCGGAUGAAAUCACAUCGCGAUACAUAUUCAUUUGACGAAGUACGGCAUCGGUCGUCAGCCAAAGAAGAAAAAUACAUCGGGAUCUGUGUGCCAUUAAGACGAAAUAUGUGGCGAAAGCAGCCAGUUCGCAAAUCUGUCCAUAAAGAUGAAUAUAUCGUGGGAAAUCUUGUGACACGGAAGCUGAGCCAUCAGGUUGAUCCCAGAAACGGUUUGGAGCUGCACUCGGUGUCCAACUGUAUCAUGUGCUCAGUGUUGGCCAUGGAUCGGUCAAGGGCGGAAACAGCAGAAAGCCCGGUGGUUCUCAAGCGAAGGGGAAGUUUUGCGAUUCAUUAGCGCCUUGGCGACGCCGCUCGGACACAAGGCGGCGGAACAAGGACUGUUACAGUUGAAGAACCAGCUGGCUGAUUCGUUUCUUGAUCCUUGUCUAUACUCGGAAGUAUGCCACAUUCUCUCAGCGUAUACUUUCAAAUUGUCCAUUCGCCGCAUGAUACAAGAGUUGUUUUUGGAUUUGCCCCUUCAAAAGAGUCCGAAGUGCGAUCUGUGAGCACUCCUGUGCCUGAAGAGAAUUUGAGCAGUGAUGAUGCUCCCCAGAUUGCGGAAUUGGCAAUAUAGUUUUAUUACCAUGUUUCGUUUCUGUGUACUACACGGUCUUACAAGCGUUUUCCAAGUUUUACGCUGCAUUGGCAGGAAAGCAGCUUUAUGCGAUUUUUGCGGUUGACUUUCCGGUUAAAGUUGGUUUGAAAACCGUUUGUUUUAUUGUUUUAUGGGUAAAAAUAUUGAGCGCGUUUCGCAACUUUUGUCGCUGUGUCUCGCGUACUUCCUCGCGUCAGUAAACA